CACCUUGUUUGUUUCUUCCCAUCUUAUAUUUCGUACCAUUCUGUUUGGCGAUUUCCUGUUUGUGAUCAGAAGGGUUGCCUUAAUUAAACUGCUCUGCUCUUUUAUACCAUCAGGAGUUUAAGUGGACCAACUGGAGUUUUUAUACUUGAGAUGGACAGCUCCUUAGUGUGUGAUGAGAAUUCGGAAAGAUCAAAUACAGACAUUGGAUGUUCCACUCCUGGUGGCGAUUCACUCGACUAUAGCCGCACAAUCUCUGAAGUCUCAACCUAUUCUGAGCCCAGCAUUUCGGAUGAGCCCCUUCCCCUACCAAUGACAUGGCCAGAUUCUAAGCUAGUGGGACGAGCUUCGCCUAUUCUUACCAAACUCAGAAUGGAACAGCAUGUCGAUUUGGUGGAUGAGAAACCGCGCAAUGGUGAUAUGGCAAACUCAGAGCUGGAAAUGAUGAAGGAGAAAUUCUCGAAGCUUUUGCUCGGCGAAGACAUGUCGGGAAGUGGGAAGGGUGUUUGCUCAGCUGUUGCAAUCUCAAAUGCCAUUACAAACCUCUAUGCUACUGUCUUUGGCCACUGUUAUAAGUUGGAGCCUCUGCCACCUGAGAAGAAGUCCAUGUGGAGGAGAGAGAUGGAUUGCCUUCUGUCUGUCUGCGAUUACAUAGUUGAACUCUACCCUUCUUUCCAAAACUUGCCAGAUGGUACUGCCCUUGAGGUGAUGGCAAGCAGACCAAGAUCAGAUAUUUACGUCAACCUUCCUGCACUUGGAAAACUGGACUCUAUGCUGCUUGAAAUAUUGGACAGCUUCCAGAACACAGAAUUCUGGUAUGUCGACGAAGGGAAGCAAUCAUCGAUUGCCUGUACCUCAAGGUCAUUCAGGCAGGUGAUUCAUCGGGAUGACGAAAAAUGGUGGCUGCCUGUUCCAUGUGUUCCUGCAUCCGGCCUCCCCGAGAGAUCACGGAAGGAGCUGCAGCACAAACGUGAAUGUGCAAAUCAGAUUCACAAAGCAGCCAUGGCAAUCAACAGUGCCAUUCUUGCUGAAAUGGAAGUCCCAGAAUCGUACCUUGCAGCACUUCCAAAGAGUGGGCGAUCGAGUGUAGGAGAUUCUAUCUAUCGCCGCGUAUCAACUCCAGACAAGUUCUGCCCUGAUUAUCUUCUUGAUUGUCUUGAUAUAACUUCCGAGCAUGAAGCACUUGAUAUUGCAGACUGCGUCGAAGCUGCGAUGUAUGUAUGGCGGCGCAAAGCAAGCAUGAACAAUUCAAAAUCUUCAUGGGAUAUGGUCAAGGACUUGAUGGCUGAUGGAGACAAAAACCACAUGCUUGCGAGUAGAGCUGAGUCUCUCUUGCUUUGUCUGAAGCACAGGUACCCUGAAUUGUCACAAACCACUCUAGAUACAAGCAAAAUACAGUGCAAUAAGGUAAGGAUGCAAACAUGGGACAUGAAAUUUAAUCUGCUGUUCUGCUUAAAUAUACUAGAAAUGGAGGAAAAUGUUGAGCAAGUAUCGAUAAGAGGCUGCCAUUCUGCUGGCCAUUUUGCUGCAUCAUAAUUCCCAUGUUGUCAUUAGCAUCAUCCCAAUUUCAUCACAUCUGCAUGCGACUUGAUGGAAGCUGUUCACAUGUAGAUGAUGGUAGCCUUUUUCUGUUACAGGAUGUUGGACAAGCAAUCCUAGAGAGCUACUCGAGGGUGCUGGAAAGUUUGGCAUUCAAUAUUGUUGCAUGGAUUGAUGAUGUUCUUUUCAUAGAUGGAUCUGUGAAACGGCGGUGAUCAGCUCAUUGCACCCUACAACAACUCAAUAUCAGAGUUGUAGACAGAAUUCUCACAAUGUCAUUCUAACAGAUGUUGCCAUAGAACAAACUAACCAUGGAAACUAAAUCAUUUUGCUAACCUAGAGAACAGUGUAAUUUGCAUCAAUUGUCAGAUUCGCACUGUCUUCUGCAUUCGAGGAAGAUGAGGAAGAAAGUUUCUGUGUGGCAUUUGCACAACCACCAUACCUGCGGCAAAAAAUCCACUUACUCUAAUAGUCCUCCCCCCCAAAAAAAUCUCUUUAAAAGUGACUGCCAACCAAAACCUGCCACGGAGUUUCUCCUUCCUAGCUUGUCCGGUGUUCCGAGAGAGACCGCCGCCGCACGGCUCCUGGUUCCGGUGACUGCCGAAGCAACAAAAACCUCGUUAAAAUCCAAGGCAGUAAUUCCCAAGGGUAAUAAAAACCAACCGUCACGCGUGUCCAGAGCCGACACCCGCCGGUAUUGUUCUGGACAGCGCCCGCAGGCAAGCAGGGUACGUGGCAGGCUACAAUUGGUGGACUUGGCAUAGGUGCGGGCUCAUAUCAACCUCCCCAAGACCCGUUCUCGUCGGAGAGGAAGCUGCUUACCUCCACGUGAAAGCAAAAACCCGGCCUUUCGGUGAGGCCAAGAGACCCCAUUCAGAACUUAAAAAGAGAUAUUUUGGUCCAGUUUUUUCUUCUUCCUUUUCUUCUUCCUUGUAAAAUCCUUCUCAGGAUCCCUUUCUGUGAUCUUCUGCCUUCUUUUGAAGAAAAAAAGACCGAUUUUUGAGCUUUUUCUUUGAUUUCUGAGGCCCAGAAAAGGUGUUCUGUUUUUUGUCUAGAGAAACAGAGGUUUCAGAACAGAGAUCCAGACCCCCCCUUUACCCCUGGGCUUGUGAUCUCAGUUUUUUUUUUUAGUUCUUUAGCUUUCCUUUUCUUAGAUUUGCCAAGACCAAGAGAGUUUGUUUUUCUAAUACCCUGAGAUUGGUUUUCUGUUCUCUUUUUCUGUUUCUUUUUUAUCUUAGUUGGAUCAAAAGAGGCCAUCUUUUUAGCACAAA